CCCACCAACACCAUCAUCCGCAUCGUGCCGCAGCAGACAGCCUACGUGGUGGAGCGUUUCGGCAAGUACAGUCGCACCCUCACGCCCGGCCUCCACAUCCUCAUCCCCAUUGUGGACCGCAUCGCUUAUGCGCACAGCCUGAAGGAGACCACCAUCCCUGUGCCCAACCAGACCGCCAUCACCAAGGACAACGUGUCCCUGACCAUCGACGGCGUGCUGUACGUCAAGGUCAUGGAUGCGUACCGCGCCAGCUACGGCGUGGAGAAUGCGCUGUACGCGGUGACGCAGCUGGCGCAGACCACCAUGCGCAGCGAGCUGGGCAAGAUCUCGCUGGACAGCGUGUUCAGCGAGCGCGACACCCUCAACGCCAACAUCGUGGCCUCCAUCCAGUCCGCGGCCCAGGUGUGGGGCCUGCAGGUGCUCAGGUACGAGAUCCGCGACAUCAUGCCCCCCGCCGCCGUGCGCAACGCCAUGGAGCUGCAGGCUGAGGCGGAGCGCCGCAAGCGCGCGCAGAUCCUGGAGUCAGAGGGCCAGCGCCAGUCCAAGAUCAACGUCGCAGAGGCGGGCAAGAGCGAGGUCAUCCUGGCCUCGGAGGCCGCACGCCAGGACGCCAUCAACCGCGCGGAGGGCGAGGCCUCCGCCAUCUUUGCCCGCGCCGAGGCCACCGCCCGUGGCCUACAGCUGCUGGCCGACGCCAUCCGCCAGCGGGGCGGCAGCGAGGCGGUGUCGCUGCGCGUGGCGGAGCAGUACCUGGACAGCUUUGGGGAGAUUGCCAAGCAGGGAACCACCAUGCUGCUGCCAGCAGCCACACACGACCCCGCCUCCAUGGUGGCUAGCGCGCUCAGCAUCUACAAGCAAGUGGCGGCGGCAGGGGCUGGCCCUGAC